AGUAUCUCAUCUGUGGUUUAAUUUCAAUAGCGCUAUUGUCUCAUUCCGUUUCUGAAUCGAUAAUAUCGCAUGUGAUGUAAAUAAAUUCUCAUGUAGUAGAGCGCAUUAGUAUCGCGAACAGGUAUCCAUGUAUAUUGCAAAUGAUACGUUGCUGUCAAAUUUAAAAAAAUAUUGAUUGCUUUUUCUUAAAUAAGAACUAUUUUUUGACAAGAGUGUUGAAUUUUAUGCCAAAGUUUAUUGGAUUAAUUAUCUAUUAAUGAAAUAUUACUAAUAAUUAUAAUGGCAAAUUGUCAAGAUACGGAUAAGACUGAAGAUUUCAUGAAAUAUUAUAAAUUUGAUGGCCAAUCUUAUAUAUAUAAUGAUCCUACGAAUAAUGUGACAUAUAAGUUUGAUCAACAAAAGAAUGAAUGGGUGGUAAAAAAUACGGAAGAAACAAAUGUUAAAAACUCAAAUGAUAAUGAAUCUAAGACGCAGGAAGGAGUUUUUGGUUUUGAAAACGAUACUCAUACAUACACAGAUCCUAACGAUGGCAGUGUGUACUUUUGGGACAAAGAGAAAAAUGCAUGGUUUCCAAAGGUGGAUGAAGAUUUUAUGGCAAGAUAUCAAAUGAGUUAUGGAUUUACAGAUACAAAUCGCAUAGAAACAAAACCUGUGCAACAAUCUCAAUCACAAGGAAAGAUCGAUAAAGAGAAAAAGAAGAUGGAAGCGAAAAGAAAAUCACAGGAACCACCGACUUGGUUCGAAGUGGAUGAAGCACAUAAUACUGCCAUUUAUGUGUCCGGUCUACCAUUAGAUAUUACUAUGGAUGAACUUACCGAGCUUUUCAACAAGUGUGGUCUCAUAGCACGAGACGAAAAAGGAAAAGACAAGAUCAAAUUAUAUAAGGAUUCAAAUGGACAACCAAAGGGUGAUGCUCUCUGUAUCUAUAUAAAGGUCGAAUCGGUGGAUUUGGCAUUAAAGAUCUUGGAUAAAUCGCAAAUCAGGGGUAAAACGUUGUCUGUUCAGAGGGCAAAGUUUCAAAUGAAAGGAGACGCGUACGACCCAGCCUUGAAACCGAAACGGAAAAAAAAGGAUAAGGAACGACAAAAAAAGUUGCAAGAAAAAUUAUUCGAUUGGAGGCCUGAACGUGCACCAGGAGAACCGUCGAAACACGAAAGAGUAGUAAUUAUAAAAAAUCUAUUCUCUCCGGAAGACUUUGACAAAGAGGUAUCCUUACUGCUCGAAUAUCAACAGGACAUCAGAUCCGAAUGUUUGAAAUGCGGUGACGUUCGGAAAGUUGUUAUUUACGAUAGACAUCCGGAAGGUGUUGCACAGGUAACAUUUCGGGAACCAGCAGAAGCACAGGCUUGUAUUCAAUUAUUAAACGGUCGUUGGUUCAGCCAAAGGAAAAUAUCGGCUGAAAUCUGGGAUGGUAAAACGAAAUACAAAAUUCUAGAAACAGAUGCGGAAACGGAAGCUCGAAUCGCUAAAUGGGACAAAUAUCUGGAAAGCGAAGAGGAAAAGAAGGAAGAGGAAAUUGCGAAAAACAAGAUACGAAAGGAGUCGAAACAAGACGAAAGACCCGUAAUUAGAGAGAAAACGGGGUUAACUGAAACAAUAGCGAAGACAUUGGAAAAAUCGGAAACGACGCAACUCACGAAUAUAGCGAAAUACGCGAAGACGUUGGAAAAUACAAAACGAAGCGAAAUAUCAUUAAAUUCGCAGGAAGCAAUAAAAAAUAUCGAAUAGAUGUAAUAAAAAUUCUAUCGAGAGAUACGCAUUCACGAACCGAUCGCGGGAAAAGCACAUGCUUUGUACGAAACACAUAAUUAAGAGUAACAUCGAUGAUCGUGAUCAGC